AUGCCCGCGACGCCCUCUCAAAGUACCAAGCCGACAGCUGAAUCCAAGAAGGCAUCGACCAGCUCGAAUCGUCAGUCCGUCCGGAUCGACCUCCCCAUCCAGGUGCAAAAUGCGUCCCGAGACAUGCGUCGAGCCACACUAUUGAGCAAGGCAGAAGGCACCGGCCCAGACGUCAAUGAGAGCCCUCGGUCGUGCGGUAUCACCUACGACUACGGUGAAGACCAGCGACAAUCUGAGACCAAUGGAGACGAUCCCAUCCGACAAGACGCUCGGACACUCGGCACGCGGGAUAGCGAUAUCGCUGGAGACUUCAAGCCUGGUGAGCUGCAGCGGAUCAUUGCUCGCGAGGAUGAGCUAGAUAUCGACCAUGCGGAGCAGGCUUGGCAAAACUUUGAAGGACGCUUUCACUCUGCCAACAUGCGAGUUGCCUUCACGCUGAGCGCAACUACGGUGUCCGUCCCAGGCCAUAGGGACUGGGGACUGGCACAGCUUCUUCCCAAGAUGCAUGAGACUUGUGCGGCAAUGGAGAUUACGUUCGAGAACCCAGGGCUCGUACUAAGCCGCGGAAGGCUCUCCAAGAUUACCAGGAAGCCCCGGCGGAACGACAGGACACUCUGGAAAGUUAUGCGUCGAGGGUAUAUUGUUGUUAUGAGGAUCACUGUCCGGAUGCAACCUGCCUUUAGUGGAGCUUUGGAUACUAACGUAGACUUACUUGAAGUUGAAUACUCCAACCUAAACUCUGUAUCUGUCUCGGACCUACAAAAACUACUGAAAUGA